AUGGCGAUCUUGGGCGACUCGGACACGUCUCUGCUGCUCAGCCUCAAACACCCUCAGCCGGUUGUCCGAGUCUCCGCUCUGACUCACCUGAAGGACGCUAUCACCUACCAGCAGCAGAAUCUGAAUGCAGCGUUCCUCAGAGACGUUGUGAUGGAGAGUCUGCAGGACGACGAGCCGACGGUCGCCGCCGCCGCCAUCAAAGUCCUCGAGGUGCUGCUGGAUGUGUUGGAACCUGAGGACGUGGUGACCAAUUUAGUGUCCCUGCUGCUCAGAAGACAACUGUCCCAUGCUGAGGCCUGGCUGCCGGUGCUGACGGAGGCGGUGCGUUUGCUGUCCGACCCGCGGCUGGGAAAUGGGGAUGCUGAGCGGCUGCAGAGGGCGGGCUGGAGGCUCCUCCCCCUCCUCGUGCUCUCCUCCCCCGCUGACCUUCCCCUCUCAUCCUGCCUCACCCGCUGCCCCCUCCUCAGGACUCACCCCCUUACCCUCACCUGGGAACAAGAGCUGGAGGCGCUGAUGAAAACGAGAUCUGAACCAGACUUCCUGGUUACUGUUAAUGAGCGCCUUGUCUCCACGAUGACCAAAAACAUCUCCGACAUGGAGAAGCUCUGCAGAAAAGAUGCU